AUGGGAGUCGCCCGCCUAAAGGGCGGGAGUCGUCGAGUCGUUGGAAAAUACCUAGGAGUCGGCUGGGGAGAAGAAACCUUGUUUCUUCUCCCACGCAGGAGUUGCCGCUCCACAACCAUAUCCUCCCCUCCUCCGAUAUCCACUCCCCCCACCCACCGACUCCCCACCCACCCACCCAACCACCCAACCAACUACCCAACCACCCAACCAACUACCCAUACCAACAAACCACCCAAGCAACCAACAACCCAACCAACCACAUCAUGUCCAACCCCACCAUCCCCGCUCACCCCACUGAAGGAAGCCGCCGACGGGCUCCAGCCCUCGCUUGACGCGGCCAAGGCUGCCGCCCAGUUGUCAAAGGACACCGUCGACGGGCCCCAGCCGCCAAAGGUCACCGCCGAGGACACCUCCGACAGGCCACAGCCGCCGAAGGUCACCAAGGACGGACCAGAGGCGCCAAAGGUCACCGCCGACGGGCCAGAGCCGCCGAAAGUCACCGCCGACGGGCACCAGCCGGAACAGCCGAUGGUCACCGCCGACGGGCACCAGCCGGAACAGUCGGUCGUCAUCGGGGUCGGAAUCCCCGCAGGAGCCACGGGAGUCAUUGCGGAAGUCGCCGCUGGGGCAACGGUAGUCGUCGCUCCAGGGACGGGAGUCGCUGCACGAGAUACGGGAGUCGUCACGCCGGGGACCCCCGUCGUCGCCGCCGGGACGGGAGUCGUCCACGCCGGAGAGGGAGUCGCUGCCCGAGAGACGGGAGUCGUCUAG